CAACAAACAACAACAUCAAACGAAUUGUGAUCGUUCAGAGUUUGCAGGAAGAGCCUGUAUUUGUUCCCGAUUUUAUCCGCCGUAAUCCUCGCACUUGCAGAACAGCGAGGCAACAUUUUUAAGUGAAGUUUGUGAAAACAGCCUCAAGAUGUCUAUUGGAGUACCCAUCAAGGUCUUACACGAAGCAGAAGGCCAUAUUAUUACAUGUGAAGCCAACACCGGCGAAGUCUACCGGGGCAAGCUCAUAGAAGCUGAAGAUAAUAUGAACUGUCAAAUGACGGGUGUAAUGGUCACGUACCGUGACGGCAGAGUAGCCCAAUUGGAAAAUGUUUAUAUCCGAGGCUCGAAAAUUCGGUUUCUCAUCUUACCAGAUAUGUUGAAAAAUGCACCUAUGUUCAAACGACAAGGCAAGUCUGGAGGCGCCGGUGGCGCCGGUAGAGGAAAAUCAGCUAUUCUCCGCGCUCAAGCUGCUAGAGGACGGGGCCGAGGAUCAAGAGGAGGGCCCGGAGGCCGGGAUGGUGGCUGGAGAAGCGGAGGUGGUGGUGCUGGUGGCAGCCGUGGAGGCCGCUCUGGAGGUGGAGACCGCCAGUAAUUUCUGCUGUCACCCCGUGUUAUGUACAUAAUUGGAAUAGCAUGUUCCAAAGAAGAUCCAAGAUGUGGUGGCGAGGUGCAGUCUCAGUGAUGUGCAAGAUUCCAAGUGACUUUAAUUUUGUAGUGACUGUCAAUGAAUGACUUGAUCAUCCAAACAAUUCUGUUCAGUUCGUGUUUCUUAUCAAACCAACGUGUGACAUUCAGAGCCCAAGUAUCUCUGCAAUUUCAUAAUUGAUUUCCUAUUAGACUUAUUUUAAUUCUGCUGCUGUCAUGUUUGUUAAGCAAACAUAAUAAACCUAUUGAAACAAA